AUGUCCUCUCUAUUACCGCCCGACCUCCGGGUCCUGUGCCGGAAGCUCACCUCCAUCCCUCCGGCCCAGCUCCCGCACUGCCUCCCUUCCCUGGUCAGCCAUGUCCUCCGGUGCAAGCACCCGCUGUCGACGCCCCCGGACCCCAAGCCCAAGGGCGAGGCGGCCGAGAGCGCCAUGCUGGUGAACAGGCUCAAGACGAGCAUCACCACCCUCCUCAACAGCCGGACGCGCGAGUCCAGGUUCGCCGCCGUUGCCCUCAUCAAGGCCGCCGUAGACGUUGGCGGUUGGGAGGUUCUCAAGGACGUCAAGCCAUGGGUUCAGGGUCUUUUAUCAAUUGUUCAGGUAUAUAUCAUAUGCACACAUACACACACACAUACACCCAUACAAAAGGGAGGGGAGAAGGAGAAGAAGAAAUACAGAGAACAGAGAAUUGACACCAUGGUUAUACAGAAGGGAGAUCCUCUCCCCGUCAAGGAGCUGGCCAUCGUGGCCCUGACAAGAGUCUACGCCCUCCUGGAGCCCUACCAGACGCUCGUGAGGGAGAUUGCCACACCGACCAUCCCGGCCUUCGCGACGGCAUGCAUGCAGCUCAUCAAGCCGACCGGCGCGGCAGCCGUCACGUCGACGCCGCUCGACGUGGUGGAGACGGUGUGCGACGCCUUCUCGACGCUCGUGCCGCUGUACCCCGCCACCUUCCGGCCCUUCAGCAACCAGGCCCAGGCCGCCGUCAGGCCGUUCCUCGCGCCGACCGACGCCGACGACUUCGCGGUGCCGGCGUCCCUGACGCGCGCCGCCAGGAGGCUGGUGGCGUCGCAGCACCACGUGGCGGCCAAGUCGGGCGGCAGCGACGAGUGGGCCAGGCUCGUCGACGGCAUCCUCGCCGAGUUCCACGACACGGCCGACCAGGUCUUCCGCGCCGUCGACGAGUCGUGGGAGCCGUCGGCCGGCCGCGGCUCCAGGCCCAAGGUCCAGAUAGAUCAGGAGCCGCGGGGCGGCGGAUCCGGGCUGGGCAAGCUGACCCCCUGGCGCGGCAUCCAGGCCGGCUCUCAGCGUCUGGCCGGCCUGCUCGACUACAUGGGCGCCGUCCUGUCGCACCCGACUAGGGGUGCCGUGACCGUCCCGCUGACCAAGGUGGCCGACGCCGUGGCGCGCGUGUGCCUGAUCGCGCGCCUGUCCCCCAAGACGCAGACGUGGGACCAGGCGCUGCAGACGACGCCGGCCGUCGGCCGCGAGGAGAAGGACGAGCUGUGGAGCGCCGUGCCCGACAUCCACACGGCUGCCCUGCGGCUCGUCCGGUCGCUGUUCGCCCGGCUGGCCGACGACAUGCGGCCCUACGCCUCCGAGACGCUGGAUCACCUCGUCCGCGUCUUCGCGUCCGGCAUCGGCCUCCCCGACGUCCGGGCGGCUGGUUACGCCGCCCUGGACCGCAUCCUCGCCGUCGCUGGCCCCACCCUACCCAAGUCCAUGGUCGACAUGCUUCAGCCCGUCAUCGGCGCCACCUGCCGCGACCUGCAAGAGGACGCCGGUCACCUCCAGCAGGCCAGGAAGGUCACCGGCUCCGCCGUCGAUACCAAGAAGAACGGCCUGGCCUCCAACGCCGACCUCUUUCUCCAGAAGCCGCAGCAGCAGGGCGCCGGUGCCGGUGUCGGCGGUGCCCGGUCGGCCGCUGGCGCCCACCGCCUCGAUCCCGCCCACGCCCACGCCGCCCGCACCCUGCUCGCCAGCCUCUUCUCCCGCCUCAACCAGAGGCACCUCAAGCCCAGCCUGCGCAGCCUGCUCGACCAGACGGCCAUCCUGUCGCGCGACCGCGACGCCAUGCUCGCCAGCGUGCUGAACCCGUACACCGACCCCCGCGGACGGAGGUACCCUAGCAUCCUGCCCCACCUGACGCAGCAGUUCCCGCAGGACCAGGGGCUGGAGAUCCUACGCUCCAACCUCCGCAUGGACGGGGCUGUCGUCGGCGAACCCCCGAGCGACUUCGAGGAUGACGGAGACGAGGAGGAUGAGGUCAUGGCCGACGCCGAGGCGGCAGAGGCCAACGGGCACGGGCACGAGGACGAGGAUGAGGUCGGGCAGUCGAAGAAGCCGGCUGCCCUGUCGUCCGGUUCGCCGAUGGACAUGCCCGUUCAGAGUACCAGCAACCCGUUCGAAUCUACAAAGGCCGAAAGCGGCGGUGGCUCCCCACAGGCUCGGAACAGGGCCGGCUCCCCGCCCAAGAGGAAGCACGAGGAGCCUUCCACCGUGGCGCCCAAGAGGCAGGAGCUCGAGAGGCCGGCGCAGCAGCCUGCAGCUGAAUCGAAGCCUGGAGCACUGGAGGACGACGACGAUGAUGAUGAUGACGAUGAUGAGAGUGUGCAUCUCAACAUGGAGCUGGAGGAUGACGAUGACGACGAUGAGGAAAACUGA